AGCAAACCAGGUGUGAAAAGCCAUGUUUUCGAUUUGUUUACUUGGGGCAAUCGUGUUGUCCCUCCUGUACUGGAAACUCGUAAGAGUGCCAUCUUACUUGGAUGGAAUUUCGCGAGCUCAACCGUGGUAUCCCGUGUUGGGAAAUGCGCUGCUGUUGGUGGGAAAAUCCCCGGAAACGUUCUUCAACGCUGUCAACGCACUGUUUGCCCACCAUAACCGUCUGUUCCAGCUGUGGUUCGGCCCCAGACCGGUCAUCGGUGUGUCCCAUCCGGAUCUGGUGGAGAAGGUUCUCACCAGUACGGCCUGUCUGGAGAAACCGUACUUUUAUCGAUUCUCACGAGUGGAUCAGGGACUGUGGGCGGCCAGUAAAACUUUGUGGCAAAGCCAGCGCAAAGCGGUCAAUGCGGCCUUUUCCACCCGAGUUCUCAACGACUUCAUUCAGACAAUCAACGAGUGCACGGAGAAUUUGAUAAGCCAGCUGACCUCAGUGGAUGGUGCCGAGGUUAACGUGCUGGACUAUGCAAUACCUUGUGCCCUGAAGAUGGUUUGUGGUACAACGCUGGGAAUCAGCGUGACCGAGAGUGCAGAUGUGGAAGAGUUUAUCAAGAGUUUUAACAGUCUUGCAGAAAUCGUUGGUAAUCGCUUCAAUACACUCUAUCUUCAACCAGAUGUAGUUUAUCGCCACACACCAAAUUUCCGCGAAGAAAUGAAACAUCGUGAAAAGUGCUACAAUUUUACUAAAAAGAUUUUGAACGAAAAGAAACAUCAGAACAGCGCAAACUCCAGCAAAAACUCUAAAAUAUUUAUUGAACACCUUUUGGAUAAAGAUUUGGUGAAACGUAAUUUUUCAGACACCGAAAUAGUCCAAAAUGCUUACAGCAUGAUUGCAGCGGGCAGCGAAACGACGGCCUACACCAUCGCUAAUGCGUGUUUGCUACUCGCUCUACAUCCGGAUGUACAAAACAAGCUCCACUCGGAAAUUACGCAAAUCUUCCCAGACGCGCACCCCGAUAUCUCACCCCAAUCCCUGUCAUCUCUUCAUGAAACGGAAAGCUUCCUCAAAGAACUGCUACGGCUCUACCCGAUCGCACCGAUAAUUGCCCGAGAAACGGGGGAAAGCUUCGAGCUGGAUGGGGUGCGAUUUCCCAAGGGAACGAUAUUUUUGCUAAACUUUUACCAGCUGCACCGGCGCCAGGAUCUUUGGGGUGCGGACAGUACUCGAUUUAAUCCGGAUCGAUUCAGCGGGGAACGCAGCAAGGAACCACAGCACUCGUUUGCGUAUCUUCCGUUCAGUGGAGGGCCGAGAAAUUGCAUUGGACAUCGUUACGCCAUGAUGACUCUCAAGAUCAUGCUUGUACAUCUGUUGAGAAAUUUCAAGUUGACUACGAGCUUAACAAUGGAGGACGUGAAGUUCAAGUUUGCAAUGUUGUUGACUCUGAUGCCGGAGCAUUCUAUUCGGUUUGAAAGACGAAAUUGAAUUAUUUUCAUUUCUGCAAACAAUAAAUAAAAUUUCAAUAAAAAUCAG